CACUCGUUUGUAUAUGAUACUGUAGUCAGUUUGGCGGUAAAAUCGGUGGUUGACGUUCGAUUUUAUUUUAUAAAUAUUAUUUUUUUAAUAUCAUUGAUGACAAAGGACGAAUGUAAAAGGAGAUUGUAAUAUUGUUUAGUAGUGUUAAGUGUCUGUGCUUUAUUCAGUCGUAAUUGUGAAAUUAAUACGCAAUGGAUGUGAGAUUAUGUAUUUUCCUGUUCCUUGUUUCUUUGGUAUCGAGUUCAGUGAUCAUACCAGAGGAGCUUCCAUCCUUACUGUCAGUCGCUUACUCAAAUAUACCACCCAUAAAGAAAGGCACUGAUUCUCGUGUCGGGUUUGGUUUCGCUUUUGGAAAUCACGCUGAUUUUCAAGUUGUUUUUGAGUUGGGACCGCAGACAACGACGCAGAAUUUAACGGGCCAGGGCUUUUCAUCUAGCAACACAAAACGGCAAGCACCCUCACCGCCUCCGUCUAAAAUUAACAAGAACAGAGAAAAGUCAGAUGGAGGCAAAUAUCUUCAGACUUGGGCGCAGAAGAUGAAACAUCCAUCAAAAGUAAACAAGGAGACGUCGAGACCAGGCGAGGUGCCGAACUUGGAAGAUUCCAUGGUUGAGUUGGUGAAGAACGAAAAAGGAGAGUACGAAAUUCAUCAGCCAAGGCCUGGGAAUCUACCACAAAAAGUUUUAGAGGAUUUAAAAAGACUUUACGGACAGAAAAAGGAAGAAGCCAUAAAGUUGAGAGAAACAAAGAGGAGCAAAGAGGAAAUUAAGAAGAUAACAGAUGAUCUGUCUAAUGUUGAUUUAGAUUGAGGAUUUAUGUAUUAUUUUUGUAAAAAUAAAAUAUAAA